AGCAAAGCCAAUUCCCGACAUUCAAGCGUGCGAGUGCAUUUGCGUCAACAGUUGAUGAGAGAGAGAACAACACAAGAGCCAGACGAAAAUGCCGACCACUGUGAAAUAUAUGCCAUCUUAUCGGACGGAAUCGAAAAAUCCAUACAAGAGGGAAAUAUGUGAGAUCAUUAUUCGUGAAGUUGUUGAUGAUAUGUUGAGUACAUUUGUGUAUGCAAAUAGUGAUGCGAACCAGGUAUGCAACAACAUCAGUGAAGAAAUAAAGUCACGUGUGAAAACAUUGGGCUUCGACAGGUACAAAUUGGUGUGCAUUGUGACAAUUGGCGAAAAGUACUUCCAGAGCUUCACAUCUGCCGUGAAGUUCCUCUGGGAUGCAGACAAGGAUGGAUAUGCCAAUUAUGUCUACGAUACGCCGCACUUCUUCGCCAUUGCCACCCUCUAUGCGCUCUACUAUGAUUAA